AUGAUCCACCUUGACGUUCACUCUCUCACCCAGCCGGUGGGCAUCGUGCGGUUGAUGGCCAUCAUCUUCACAUGUAUAUCUUUUAGCCUGGUGGCAUCGGUUGGGUACUUCCCCUCUUCGUUCUGGGCCUGGUGCAUGUUCACCUGGUGCUUCUGCUUCUUUUUCACCCUCUUAAUCGUCAUCCUGGAGGUCACCACCUUGAGCACCAAGUUGCCUUUUGCCUGGGAUGACUUCACAACUGCCUUCGCCUUGCUGGCAAGCCUCAUGUGCCUGACGGCCUGCGUCAUCUACCCGACAUUUUUCACCUGCAAUAUCUGCUACCGACAGAUCGGCGCUUCUUUGGUGGCCUGUGCGUGUAGCGUGUUGUACGUUCUCGAGGUGAGCCUAACACGGCGUCGGCCGAGCGGGCAAAUCCGUGGAUUCCUCACCACGUGGCCCGGUAUAAUGAAGAUGCUGGAAACUUUCUUCGCCUGUCUCAUCUUCACAUCUCUUGAGAAAAGUCAGUACGCCAACACCCCCGAACUGCAGUGGUGUGUGGCCGUGUACUCUUUGUGCUUCAUCUUAGCCAUGCUCAUCAUCCUGCUCACUGUUGGACAGGUGACCUCGCUACUCCCAUUCUUUGAGAAGAUAGUUAUCGUCUAUGACAUUUUAGCAGCAGUGAUGUACAUGACAGCUAUGGUUAUCUGGCCACUUUAUAGUUUCCGAAACAAUCGGAGACCGAUACACUGCGGCUACUUGUGUUCAUGGGAUAAACUGGGGAUGGUCACUUUCAUGACAAUUCUCAACUUCUGUGUUUACAUCGUGGACUCCGUCUACUCUAUAUGGCUCGUGUUUUGUUUCAGCAGGGAGUGA